AGUGACAACAGGUCGACGUCAGUCUCGGUUUUAUAACCGCGUUACUGUCAUUUUAUAUUCAAGCUUUGAGCGUUUGAGAACGUGCCAGCAACCGUUUCAUCGAGGGAUUCAAAUCGCGAAGCUUAUUGUUAUAUUAAUUUCCAUAUAUCAAGGUGAGAAAUUAUAGGAUAUCUUCUGGACAGCGUGCUUGCGGUCCCACUGUCAAGCCAGAAUGAUAACCAGAAGAAGAGGCCGUACUAUCAACAACACAAUGUCCCUAGAAGUUGAAGUGGUGGAUGCGGUGGAAACUGUAGAGGAUCUGCCAAGUUCUUCUGUGGGGCUCCCAGCUGACAGCAUUGACACUGGUGGAAUAGAGCUAGAUGAUCUGUUUGGAAAUGAAGACUUAAAAUGGACACUUGAGAGAGACUCACUACUCUUCGAUAUGGAGUUGGAUGAGCUUGGUGUAUACUGUGCCAAGGAUCAAGAUUCUGGGAUUGAAGCUUCAACAGGCUCAUCUCCAGAGAGAAUGUCAUCUGAUUUGAAGAUCAAGAACAGACAAAACCAGUCGAGCCAUGUGAUCAACAAAAAUGCAAUUGCUGCCAGAUUGAACCGUCUCAAGAAGAAGGAAUAUGUCAACAGCUUGGAGAAGAAGGUUGGCAUCCUGUCAACAGAAAACAACAUGCUUAAACAGGAAAAUUCUCAGCUGACCAAGAGAGUGGAAGAACUGGAAGAUGAAACCAGGUACCUAAGAGCUGUGCUGGCCAAUGAGAGCAUGUUAGGCCAGCUCUUGUCCAGGCUGAGCGGUGUGAAUGGGAUGAAAUUAUCUUCCUCGCUUUUCCAGGGGCCCGACUCAAACGACCACGACUAUGCCUUACCCAGGAAGCGUGUGAAAGUGGAGGAGAAAGAGACAUCUGGUGGCGUGUGUCUGCAUGUGGACAAGAACCAUGUCUCAGUGGAGUUCUGCACUAAGUGUGCAGAGAGCGCAAGCACAUCGCUCACAAUGUAGGGUCAAGUACUUAUCUCUGUUUUCAGAUAUUGAGACUGACUCAGUGUACUGAACUUCUUGAAGGUGGAUGAACACUGUUGAGUUUAAGAUUACCUAAGAACUGCUGAAUGUGCAUGUGUUUUUGUGUGAUGAUGGAUUGAGUACACGUUACUGCUAAACCUUGUUGACAGUUUCUUCUAGGUAAUGGUUGAUCCACCAUGCGGGAUGAGUGGCUUUCUGAACACCUUUACCUGCUUGACUCCAUGUGGAAUCUGCUGGUGGAAGGCGAAGAGGCUGGACAAGCUGCUGGCAACGUGGCCUGGUAUUUUUUUAAAGGUAGUAUUGGUAACAAAUGGUAUAUGUGACAUUUUACCAAAACUCUACAACAUCUGUAGCUGUAGUUAUGGUCAGUAUAGCUCUUGCAGCAUUUUUUGGGGGGUUAACUACAGCUACUCCAUUACUUGGAGCAAUGCUACCAGAAGAUUAAGUCUCAGAAUUAUGUCUAAUAUAUAUUUACAUGUACUCAGUGAAUACAUCCUAAAUGAUCUGCUUUAAGUGAUGGAAUUUUCCAUUUUGAUCAAGUGGAACAAACUGUAAAUGUACAUAUAACUUGGAAUACUAUACUUUGUUUGAAGUAAAUGACCUUGAGAAAUGUUGGACAAAAUAAAUCAUAUUUUCAUUAAGUUUUGAGUUAUAAAUAUCUACUGUGUCAUGUUCUGUACUGUUGAUAUUAAUGCAUCUCUUUUUCUCUUUCUAAACAGCAAAGCUCUCUGCCGAUAAACGUCUUACUUUUCCUGAUCAUUUGGGUCAAGUCUGGUAAAGGUUGUCAAAACAAAUGACCAAGACCUCAUUUGAUGGAAGUAAAAAAUCCACAGUAUGAGGGGGGGCCUACUGAGAUUAAUCAUACUGCCUAUGUUUUAGCCCAUUAACUUCAAAUCAAUUACAUUAUACACAACACAUUCCCACUACCCUACAGCAAGGGAUAGCUGCUCCCCACUGCUGUGGUCCUGCCUGGUAGCAGGGCUUCCCACAGCUAGCCUGUGAUGGUCUCACCCUCACCCCCAUUUUUUUUGGUUUGCAACUGUGUUGCUGUGUCAGUAAAGAGAGAGAAAGCUCAGGCUGCAUCCACACUACUACAUUUUAGUUUUAAAAUGCAUUUCUUUUGCUAUUAUGCCUGGUAUCCAUAUUACUCCAGUUUUCAAGCACCUAAAUCAGAGACUUUUCAAAACACUGUUUUUAAUUGGAAAACUCCAGGGUUGCAUUGUAGUCUGGACAAGCACCUGCAGAGAACUUUUGGAAACAAUGAUGGUCCCUCCCUGUCUGGGUCUUGUCAGUCAUGACUGACAGUGGUGAAUCCAGCAAUGAUAACAAAUUACUAGCGUUACUGACCUUGUUUUUGCUAGCUGCUGUUGUGCAGUUCUCAUUUUAUCACUACAAGUGUCGUUGCUGGUCCUCGUUUGUAAUAUUUUCUGCAACUGACCAACUGCAGAGUAUACAAUCAACUUCCUGUUUACACCAGCUUGCACUUGCCUGGUGUAUGUGAAUAGUCAUUUGCAGGUGUGUUAGUAUGGAGAGAGACUAUUUUUGAUUUGUCUGUGUGGAGAUCAUUGUCAUUGUAACACACCAUUUUAAAAGUAAAAUAUAGUUGUGUGGAUGUAGUGUAGAUUUCUAAAGGUUCAGCAUCACUUCUGUCUUCUGUUCAGACUUCACAGGUAUCAGCCUUACAGGAACAGCCACAGUAAGCUGUCAGAUGAGCUUCACUCUGCUUUGCGGCGCAGCAUAAACAUGCAGUCAGCAUAGCUCAGCUGCUUGUGGCCAUUCACAUAAAGGCAAGAUGGGGUGUCUUAGUGUGACUGACCACCCCACCAUGGAAAGACCCUGAAACUGCACAGACCUACAUCUUGUUUUAAAUAGGCAGCCAGUGUAGUGAAUAUCGGCUCUUUUUUGUUGUUAAAUUUAAAAGCAUAAUUUGGGGAAAAGUACUCAUUUGCUUUCUUGUUAAAAGUUAGAUGGUAAAAUGAAUAACCUGUCUCAUGUUAGUAUUUAGAAGAUGAAGCCACAGACAGCAGCCUGUCAGCUGAGCUUAGUAUGAAGACUUGGCCUGAUCCUCCAAAGGAAAAAAAGACCACGCACACACCUUGUGACUGACAACCAGUGGAGUAGUUACUGCAACCACCUGAAAAAUAUUGCUGCACAUAAACCCUGUAACGCUGUAAGCUGUCCUUUUACACUAGGUCUUGUAAAGGUGAUAUAAGUGAGUCAGUGUUUAGAGGUGAUGGUAGGCUGAUUUAAUUUGACAAGGAUGAAGUUAGUCUGUCAAACUUUCCCUGUUUUCAGUCUUUAUGCUAAGCUAAGGGCUGCUGACUACUCAUACAGGUAUGAGUGUUGUCAGUGUUCUGUCGGCAAGAAGCAAAUGAGUGUAUUUCACAAAACCACUGAAGAGCAACCUCACAUGGGCUCAUGUAUUAAGUAGUGCAAGAUGGAGUUUAUCAUUUCACUGAGUGUUGGUAUUCAUUUCAUUUUGAUGGAGACUUUAAAAGGCAGUUUUUCAGAGAUCUAUGUAAACAUGUCAAAAAGUGAAAUAUUUAGUGAUAAAUCAGUUUUGUUUAAAAAGAAAUAGCCUGAUUUUAAUCUUGGAUAUCCUUCUCUGCACUUGCAGCUUCACAAACCCAGUGUUUAUUUUUUCUGUUUUUCUGGGUUUCAUUUUUUCUUCCCCUGACAAAGAUGAAGGCAGUGCUAUUCGCUGGCUGACUCAUGUCUCUGAGAUUACCUGGAACAUAACAACCCCCUUGACUUUUCAAAGCAGUCUGAUUUCAUCUAAACACCAUGAUGAAGCAGCUGUGUUUAUAAGCUGAGCAUGCUGUUCAUUGUUGCUGCGUAUUUAAAUUAAAAAGGUUUCACCUU